AUGCAUUGUCCAGAAACUGCUUCCACUUAUGGAGGGAACGAACCUGGACAUGCCUGUCACUUUCCAUUUGUCUAUCAAAAACAGAUCCAUACAACGUGUAUCCGAAACGGUGGUGAUCUUGUAUAUAAUCAUUCAGAUGAUCCCGUCCCGAUCGAUACCGGGCAAAGUGGUUAUUGGUGGUGUUCCACCACGGCCAAUUUUGAUCGAGACCGCAAAUGGACACGCUGUCGACCGCAACUUGCUCAACAAUUGCCUUGCCAUUUUCCCAAACGUUCCACUUGGGCAGGUGGUAUGGUCAAUGGAAUUGCGUAUGAAUGUCAAGCUUUUGCCGGACAUUGGAUUUGCAUGACUGAAUUAGGUCAACUUAGAGAAUGUCCAACAACAAACCAGUCCCCGAACGCUAUUUCCACUCCACUAACCGAAGGGGGGAACAGUCCGGGACGAGCAUGUCACUUUCCAUUCCAAGCUACUCUACUUUUACUCACCAAACAGUUAUCUUGGACAGAACCAGCGCGUAAGAGAAAUUUCACAACUUGUCUGCCAGGCACACCAAACUCUCCUCUAGCCGGGGUUUUGUAUCCACCGUGGAUUGGUUUUUGGUGUGCGACCACAGACAAUUUCGAUCGGGAUCGUUUAUGGACCCGGUGUGUACUGGAACCGGAUCAACUGACAGCUUCCGCAUCAGCCGUGACAACCACCAUUGGUGUGUUGCCACAGCAUUCUAUCACAACUAGUUUAGCCGAGGUUUGGACUCAAUUAUCCUGGUUUCAACAGAUGUGCACGGAAGAGCGACAACGGUUAGCCUCACGAACACACGCAUUCUCGCCAGAAUUCGAACAGUCAUUACGAGUGGUUGAAUCUAAACGAGCUCAGUGGGAUGUGACUCAAUCGGACUCGCGACCCAGUUGGUGGAUAUGGCUAGCUCCGUUCUGGUGGGCUGUCUAUGGGGCAAAUCAGACCCCAGUGACCACAACCCCGACCAAUCAAUACUUGACCGAGUCGACCACAGAAACGCAUAAUGCGGUUGGUGUGGUUAGUCCACUGACUCGUGGUUUUCAACUCCCCUCGUGGGUGGAUUCGUGGAGCAGUGCCGGUUGGCUUGAAUUCGGCCUGAGUAUGAACGAUCGAUGGCAAAGUCUGGUCGCUAACGUGCACCUACGCUGGCAUAAAGCAUGGCUAAUCGCUUACCUGACAGGUUUCGCGUCCGCAGUGGGCAUCCUGUUCGGUAUGAUUUUGAUUGUGAUUUUGUGUUUGGAUGAGACCAAACGUAAACAACUUGUGCACACCAUUUGUGGACCGCGGAAAUUGAAACGACCUCCGUCUAAUCUGGUCCCCAUAAUGGAAGAAUCUCAGUACUUGAUGUACACACCAAUCAACGGAAUGGGUUCAACAAAGUAUCCGUGUACCGUUGCUGAUGAAUAUUGUCCACACGGUCGCGGACCACCACAAUCGGAAUCUGUGGAGCCUGAGGUGAAUAAAAAUCGUAAAUUUUCUCGUCAAGAUGAAGGUUUUCUGAUGAACGACAACAAUUUGUGGUGCUCGCUGAAUCCAAAUGCAGAAAUGUUAGCACAGAAACGUAAUUCGCCAAGACAAUCGCGAAAUGGACAUUCACACGGGACAGAUCUGGCUUAUGAAAGCGCGCAUGCGAAACCAGAUUGUUUUCGGCGUGCCGAAUCGACCUGUCCCUGUUGGCCAGUUCGUGAUUUGAAUUGUCUACGUUAUCAGCAACAACUAAAUCAUGCGCUAGAACUCAUUGUCAAUCUGAUACGAACUAAUGAGAAUUUGGACGAAUUGUACAAAUCGGCAGAUUUACGUGCUCAGCUUCAACAGCUCAUCUCUGAUCGACCAGUUUCCAGUGUGAGUGAUUCGAUGUGCACCACUACUCAACUAUCCCUGUUACGUGGUAAAAGUUCCGGCUGUGAUUGUACCCCAUCGCACGGAAAUUCGUGUAGCGAACGCAUAUUAUUCCGUAAUCGGAAACAAAGUUAUGAUGAUGAUGAUUCGGAUGAUGAUUGGGAUGAUGAUGAUGAUGAUGAUGAUGAUUGGGAUGAUGAUGAUGAUGAUGAUGAUGAUGAUGAUGAUGAUGAUGAUAAUGAGAAUGAGAAUUGUCUCGAAUACGUUCGCACAUUUUUCUGA